AUGUCAUCAAAUCAUCCGAUCAUCACCCAAAAUCUUCUUCCUCCCACAAAAACCAAUAAACACCGUCGCCGCCGCAAAAGGAAAAAUAACCACUCUAAUCCGGAUGCCGAUCCCGACCCGCAUUCCGAACCCCCACCCCCACCUCCACCACCCGAACCCGAACCCGAACCGGAAUUCCAAUCCCCAUCAUCGUCGUCAUCACCAUUGCCCAUCGACGACCCUCAUGUUCGCAUCGCGAUGUACGUGGCCAUGGCUCACGCAGGCCUCGCCUUCUCGCUGGCCCUCCUCUACGGCGUCACCAAGCUUCUCCAAGGCUACUGGCGCCCGAUCCACUGGGCCAUCCUCUGCUCCAUGCCUCUUCGCGAGCUCCACACCGCCCUCGUCUCCUUCUGGUCCCACUCCCUCAAUCUCGGCCUCUUCGAAACCUUAAUUGCCCUCCCAAUCGCUGCUCUUCGCGCCACCACCGCCUCCCUCUUCGAUUCUCAUACCGCCAUCCAGUGCUGCCUCCUCCGCCGCCGCAACAAGCCUCGCCGCAGAAAACGACAAUUCAGGUUCUCUAAGCUCGUCCAAUGGCUCAUUUCUUUUGCCCUCUUCGUCGUAGUCUACGAGAGCAUCGGCCUCGUCUCUGUCCCGGCUUUUGCACUUGCCUGCUUCGUCGCCUAUGCCCUUGGUUUUAGAAGCAUAUUAAUCGAUCCUGGCGUUGCAACCACACUCUCGGCAAUCUCGUCCGUACGUAGACUAAAAUCCAAGAACAACAAUGAUAAGAGUAACAAUAGCUCUGGCUCUGCUAAUUUGGGCGGCAAAUUUAGCCGGUACAUUACUUGUUUGAUGCUCAACAGGUUGAAGACGACGGUUGCGAUUGGCUUGAUCAUGGUUAUGAUUGUUGGGUCUGUGUUUGGAUUCGUUUUCUUUUCGUAUAAGAUCGCAAUGGAAGGGAAGGGCGCUGUGAUUUCACUCAAAGCCCAUUUGGAAGAGAUGAACUAUAAUUAUGCAGAGAGGGUUGGAUUUAAGAGAUGGAUGAAUGAGAACCAAAUCCCAGAAUUGAUUGAUAAUUACGCCACCAAUUUUUACGAGACCGUCUCACAGAACAUCGAUUCUUUGGCGGCGCAUUACAAUGUGACCGAGGUUGUGGACAGCGUGAGGCAUUAUUUGAGCACUAAUCACGACCAUAAUCCCAUGUCGCAGAGUAAUAAAUCGGAGGCCGUCGAUUUUUCGAGUAUUAGCAGGAAUGGUGAUUAUCUUAAUCAUCAGCAUGAACAAAUGAUUAGCAACAGUAAUGUUCAUGUUCAGCCUAAUUUGUCGGACAAGUUGCAUAGCAUCCAAUCGAGGGUGAAGAACAGAGAAUGGGGAGUGAUUUAUAAGGAUAUUGACCGCGUGUUUAGAGAAUUCAGGGCUUUGAUUGCUUUGAUUGCCAGGGAAGAUUUAGCAGAGAAAACCAAAUCAUUUUUAUUACAGGGUCUGGACGUCUCAAGAAGGGUACUUGCUAGUGGUACCAUGGUUUUGGCGGGAGGUGCAAAUUUGUUGUUCUUCAUGGCAGUCUCUCUGGUUUCAGGAGCCGCUGGAUUGUUCAAUUUCUUCUUCGAAUUGACGGUGUUCUUCUGGCUCUUGUACUACCUGAUCACCACUGAUUCCGGCGGCGUUAUGGAUCAUGUCCUUGGGAUGCUGCCGCUUUCCAAAUACACGAGGGUUCGAUGCGCCCAAGUGCUUGAUCAUGCUGUGAGCAGUGUGCUGUUGGCAGCUGCUAAGGUCACAUUCUUUCAAGGGUGUCUCACAUAUCUCUUGUUCAGAUUCUACCGCAUCCAUUUCCUCUACAUGUCUACCUCCCUUGCCCUGAUGAGUGCCGUUUUGCAAAUAACGCCGGCUUGGCUUCUGUCGAUCCCCGCGGCCCUGCAACUGGCCAUGGAAGCAAGAUAUAUAGAUGCCAUUUUGUUGACGGUAAUUCAUCAGAUACUGUUGGAGUAUGGCACAACUGCCAUCCAAGAUGAGAUCCCGGGACAGAAUGCCUACCUCACUGGCCUUAGCAUACUUGGUGGCAUUGCUCUUUUCCCAUCCAUGUUGGAAGGAGCGAUUAUGGGUCCUUUGCUGAUGACAGUGAUGAUUGCCUUCAAAAAUCUAUAUGUAGAAUUCGUCCUUGCUUCUGGAACUAGAGAGGAAACCAGUGCCCGUUCAUACAACUAAGUUUUCUUUUUUCUUCUUUAAAAAUUGUUAGAAGGAGAAUAUGAUGACAGUCCUAUAUACAUAACCUACCUAGAGUCA